CAAAAAAAAAAAAAAAAAAGUGCAAGCUCAUAGGGGAAAAAAAAAAUCCCAUAGUGCUAAAGAGCAAACGGAGGAAAACGAAGUCUCUUUCCAACUUCUCUUCCUCGUCCCCAGAGGUGAGCGCUGUUACGUUUCUUACGUAUCUUUACAGAAACGUUUUCUGCACAAAACCUGUAUGUCAUCUGUUUCACACGUUUCCUAAGGAUAAUACAACUGAAGUUCCUUCUCAAGUGCUUUUGUCUCAUGUUUGUUUUGCCUUGUAAUACUGUACGCAGUAUCUUUGUACAUAUUUUUUUUUCUGUAACCGUAUAUGGAUAAAUUUCUGAAAGCAAAAUUGUUGGGUCAAAGGGCACGUGUCUUUUAAAUAAGGACAGAUGGGAACAAAAUGUCCUUCCAAAGGGUUGUACCAAUUAAUGGGGGACAUCUUUUAUUUUCAGAAGGCUUUCCUGCCCUGGUUGAUUCUGAUGCAGCAGGUAGGCAACUAACUCUGCUUGUUUACUUGAAACCUGAGUCUCCAGGGCCUCCGGUCAAAGGAAUUAAAUGAGAUACUUCAUGAGAAAGAGAAGAAUUUGAGAGGUAUCUCGCUCAGGUGUUCAGAGAGAGAAGCAAGGGAGAAAGGCUUAGCAGAGGAAGUAGCUAAUAACCUCGAAUGUGCAAGGCGAGGGUUUAGGGUCGCACGAGGGCACAGAACCGGAACUGGGUUCCGAAGAAAGUCCGUCAGUCCUGGAGCAGGAUGUGACCUUGAGACCGUCAGGCUCUCGAUUACGGUAAACUGUGUCCUGGACCUGACCUGGUCCUGUCGUCGUCGUCGAUGCCACAGGGCAGUUUUUGGUGAAGCGCUGGACUGAUGCGAUUCCCUUCAUUUUAAACAACACCUCUAAUAUGAGUCACAGUGUCCUAGUUGGGGGUCUGUGUGUGUGUUACACAGUAAUAUUUAAAUCGGAAGAGUUACAUCUCCGUCGUCUCUCACCAAGAGGUGCGCGCAUCUCCUUAGUGCAGGGCAGGAGCCAGGCCACAUGGGAUGUGCUGGUUUGGUGGUAGAUGCCGUCUCUGCUGCCCAUCUCUCGGCCUUCAUUUUGCCUCCUAGUAGCAGCGAGAUGGGAGGGGAUCUUAUUAGGCACACAGCAAAUUGAGUUUAUCCAUGUCUGGCAAGUUCAAGUCCACUCAAGGCAGGAAGGAACUGAGGGCGGCUGUCUUGAAGCGGGGUCUCUAUGUCAGGGAGGCGUCAGAGUCUCAGAGGCUGGCUGGAAAGGGCUGACCUGGUGCGUUGGGUGAAUUUAAAGGGAGCCGUCCAGAGUCCAGACAAUCCGAAUGCAGCAGGAACCUCAGGGUCGGGCCUAGGCGUGUCAGGGAGAGGACACAUUGCCCUAACUCAGCGCAUAGGGACCAGAGUGCCCUCUGAAAUGGGUCCGUGCUGGAGCCACACCACCUGGGGGCAGAUUGAAGACACUGGGAAGUAAACCAGUCCCGGAGACCUUAGCUCUGAAUUGGACCAUUAUCUUUGAUCAGUGAUUGAGCCAGACAACUGGAGAGCUUUGAGGCAAUUGUAAAAGAAAUCAAUACUGGAAAUUUAAGGGAAUUUUUUGGGAAAUAUUUAUGACCGAGACACAGAACACGAAGUAGGUAUGUGGAGCUAGGCUGUCAGUGAAAGACUAGGAAUAUACGAAGCUACCAGGCAAAGAUCAGGAAGCACCGAAGAGGUGAUUGUGAAUGUGUUUAGCAAGUAAGUUGGAGAUGAAAGAAAAUAUCCGAUGCCCAAAAUAUCUUUAGGCUAGAAAGGUAGCCAUAAAAAUGGGUGAGACAAGCUGGAGCCCAAAUUUGAAGGCAUAACUCGGAGACACAUGAGCAAGCUUGACUAUGUGGAGGUGAAAUCUGUAUGCCUUGGUGGUCAGUCAGAUUUUUAAAUCUUACGGUAGUUUUAAAAUGAGCAUUUUAGGAAUUACAAAUAGAAAAAAAGCAAAAUGAGCCUAACAAAGUAUGUAUUUCUUUUAUACGGAGCACACGAUCGAUUUAACAUUUGGUUUAAGGCAAGAUCCAUUUGCUGGAAUUUAUUAUUUAACAUUUAAUUUAAGACCUUUGCUCGAAGUGAGCCAGAGGAUAGAGGCUCUGUAAAUACUAGCUUCGGUAGACACGCUUCCUCUUAAGUACUACAGUAUAGUUUUGUGCAAAGAAUAAAGUGCUGUUCCUUUGAUGAGGCUUUAUUAGACCAACAAAAUGUUCUUUCUUUUCCAACCCCCCUUUGCCCUUUUCUCCCCAUCACACCCCCCCCAACACAGAGUUAAAUCACAUGACCACAUAAACCACAUAACCAUUUUGAGAUCUUGGCAUUCGUUAUUUAAUGUCAAGAGCAGGCACCCCCUGGUCCCUUCGAAUCAUUCUGGCCUGAAAAUAUGACUUUCGGCAGUUCAAAUAUUUGAGAAUCUCUUCGUACGAGGAAGGUCAGAAGGGACUCAAAGACGAGUGACUGGCAGCAAGAAAGAUUGGAAUCUCUUGCAGAGGUUAGUCCUCAAAAUAUUACAAUAAAAAGCAGUAUAGGAUCACGAAAGGGCAAGAGGAAAAAAAUGUUUAAUAUUUGUGUCUGGCCUGACAUCAGGUUCUUGACUGAUCUCAUUAAAUUCCAGGAGGAAUUUCCUCAGAUGAGACUGGAGUCUCAAAAAGGUUAAUUUCCUUGACAGAGGUCAUACAGCUGCUGAGUAGCAGAGCAGGGAUUUGAUGAGGUCUGCCUGACCCCGAAGUCCAAGCAUCUUCCCAGGGCGCUGUCACCAGUGGACGCCUGUUCUGCAGCUUCAGCCCCGUCUCUCUUUGAGCUCCCCUCUGGACACCCGUGCUCACCUGUCCCACAGGAACCUCGAAUUCGUUCUGUCUGGUGCUGAAUAUACCUCUGCUACCCCAGAUCUCCUCCUCCUCCUGCCUCUUCUCAGUUGCCCGUCUCAUGAAUGAUCUUUGGGCCAGAAGGAGUGAAAACAAAGGGUUUUCCUCGACUCCCCCUGUUCAACCCCACGUGUCCUUUUGAUGCUGCCUCCUUUGUUAUGCCUCAGACGCUGUCCUCUCUGUCCCCACGGCCACCCUGCAUCCAGCCCCCAGCAGCUCUCGCCUUAGAUCACGACAGCAGGCUCAGGACCCGUUCUAGUCUGCGUCUCUGCAGAAGUAUGGAAUGUGUAGAGAUGCAUUUUCCCUCCUGCUUUUUCAGAGGGACUUGUCUGACACAGGGAUCUGAUUAUCCUAAUCCCUUUAGCGGCUGCCACCUGUCUGUAAGAUGAAAUCUAAACACCUUAGCGUGAUUUAGCUGGGGCUCUCAAGGUCUGAUUCCUGUCUGCUGACCCAGUUCUUCUCCUGCCCUCUUUGCCAUGCACAGUGCCCUCCCCAGCUUUCACUUUGCUGUCUGACUGAAUCAUUCAGAGCUCCCUUCCCAAAGCAUCUUCUGACUGACAGGUGUCUGUCGUCCGGCCUCAUCCCAGCCUCUCCUCCUCCCUCUCCCUAGGCUGCCCCUCCCAAGGGCUGUCUUGUAGCACCCCUGGCCCUCAUCAGCGACUGUCAUUGUUUCCCUUGCCACUAGCCUGCGGGGGUGCUCCUUUGCAUGUCCAGCACGCCUCGCUGCGCCUGACACUCGAAGGCACCAGCGAGCAUCUGUCUCAUGAAUGAAGCAACAGAGGAAAGUGUCUCCUGAUUCCACUCCUUGCCCUUCCCCACGUGCCUCGGACCAUUUACUGCUCGUCCUGCCUUCGUUCGUGUUGGGGCUUCCUGGGAUCAGAUCAUUGCUUUGCACUGGCUCUGCUCGACCAGCGUUUGUUCAGUCAGGCCCAUUUCCUCAGCAGUAAGCCGGGAGGAGCAGGCCAAGCAUCCCUGAAGGCCCUUUCGCGCCCCCGGAGUUGUGUGAUGACAGGGCUGGUUCGAGUCUGCCUCUCCGCAGAAGUAUGGCUUGUGUAGCUUUUCCUCCUGGUAGCACAGAGCACCCUUUCGUCAGCACUGGGCUGAAAACAGGGUGUUAUUGCUGGCCGUGGGAUUGGUUUUCAGGGCAGGGCGGGGAGUUUCUCUGAGACAGACCUGGGAAUACCCAGAGAUACGUGAGCAGUGUCUCCAAAGUCCAGGCUGAGUCAGCCGCCGGAGCUGUUGGCAGGAGCAGUUAGAGCAGCCAGGCUGCCUGCUUCCGACUCCAGUGCCUCUCGGGCGGCAGGGUGAGCUGGUCGCCGAUCCCGGGCUGCUCACCGAUUUGUCCUGUGGCCUUUGGUGGGACGGCAUGACAUGAACACCCUCAGCCUGCCCCUGAGCAUCCGCCGCGGGGGCUCGGACACCAACCUCAACUUCGAUGUCCCAGAUGGCGUCCUGGACUUCCACAAGGUCAGACUCAGCGCCGACAGCCUGAGGCAGAAAAUCCUGAAGGUCACCGAGCAGAUAAAAAUCGAGCAGACGUCCCGGGAGGGGGACGUGGCCGAGUACCUGAAGCUGGUCAGCAGCGCGGACAAGCAGCAGGCGGGCCGCAUCAAGCAGGUGUUCGAGAAGAAGAACCAGAAGUCGGCGCACGCCAUCGCUCAGCUGCAGAAGAAGCUGGAGCAGUACCGCCGGAAGCUCCGCGAGCUCGAGCAGAACGGCGCCCCCCGCAGCGCCAAGGACCUGGCCAAGGAGCCCCCGAAGGACGCCCAGGCCGCUCUGAAGGAGGCGCCGGCCAAGGCCCGCGCCGGCCCGGCCGGCCUGGAGGCGGCCAGGUCGGGCCUGCCGGGAGUGUCGCUCACCCCGCCCGUGUUCGUCUUCAGCAAGUCCAGAGAGUUCGCCAACCUGAUCCGCAAUAAGUUCGGCAGUGCGGACAACAUCGCGCACCUCAAAACCUCCCUGGAGGAGUUCCGGCCCGAGGCCAGCGCCCGGGCCUACGGGGGCAGCGCCACCAUCGUGACCAAGGCCAAGUACGGCAGCGAUGACGAGUGCUCGAGCGGCACGUCGGGCUCGGCCGACAGCAACGGGAACCAGUCGUUCGGGGCCGGGGGCGGCCCGGGCAAGCUCGCAGCCAUCCUGGAGGAGCUGCGCGAGAUCAAGGACACCCAGGCGCAGCUGGCCGAGGACAUCGAGGCGCUGAAAGUGCAGUUCAAGCAGGAGUACGGCUUCAUCUCCCAGACCCUGCAGGAGGAGAGAUACAGGUAUGAGCGGCUGGAAGAUCAGCUCCACGACCUCACAGACCUGCAUCAGCACGAGACGGCCAACCUGAAGCAGGAGCUGGCCAGCAUCGAGGAGAAGGUGGCCUACCAGGCCUACGAGCGGUCGCGGGACAUCCAGGAAGCCCUGGAGUCCUGCCAGACUCGCAUCGCGAAGCUCGAGCUCCACCAGCAGGAGCAGCAGGUGCUGCAGACGGACUCGGUGAACGCCAAGGUCCUGCUGGGGAAGUGCAUCAACGUGGUGCUGGCCCUCAUGGCCGUCCUCUUGGUGUGCGUGUCCACCAUGGCCAAGUUCAUCGCGCCCAUGAUGAAGAGCCGCUUGCACAUUCUCGGCACCUUCUUCGCCGUGACUCUCCUUGCGAUAUUUUGUAAAAACUGGGACCACAUUCUGUGCGCCAUCGAAAGGAUACUAAUACCCAGAUGAAGCCGCCGCCUUCCGUCCCCAGUCCUUCGAGUUGUUAUUUCAAAGGAAACUGUGCAGACGACCACAUCCUAAAACGAACGCUGUUCCGACGCAGGAGUACGAGGACCAGGGCUGUAGCACGGUCCAGCUCGGGCCCUCGUCCUUGGCUCGUGAGAAUCUCUUUCCAGACGGUCCCUGCCUUGCACACUGCCUUAGUCAGGCCAGGUCUCCAGCCCACCUGCCUACCCAGCUUGGCCAACCUCUGGUUGGUGAGUGCUUGGCCUAAUUAGUGACCCAGCAGAAAAGGGACGUAAGAUGCUCACUCCCUCUCUCUUGGGUCUCUGUCAAAAUCACCCUUUCCUGAGUUGCGUUUUUCGCGGGUCCCGUAAGCAGCAGGGGUGACGGGAGGGGGCGAAGCACAGGUGUUGCCCCUGUGAACACGUGUGGUCCAUGGGGUUACAGUAAGCCCUGUGUCAUCCAUCCCACCGUCCACUGAUGACCAUAGGUCCCACGUGUGCCCAGUGUCCACAGUGGCCAACUGUGUGUGACUCUCUGUCCCGUGGAAGUCUUGUAACACCCCCCUGUCUAUCCAGCCGAUGUCCAGCUUCCGUGUCCGGUUGCGCUGUAAAUGGUAAGACGCGAGCACUGAUGAGCGGGCUUUGGCUUCCUGUGUCCAGGGAGCUGCACACUGGGUUUCACCCAGCUGUCAAAUGCACCAUCUUCCGGGCAUGCAGACACGCUUCCCAAUCCCUCUUCAAACUGUGGCUCUCACUUCUAAUUGCGGUCCGACCCGCACCACCCCCGGGCUUUGUGUUCAGCACACCUUCGUCGCUCUAGGCCCCUCUGAGGACCUGGUGCCCUUCCCGUGAUUGGCCGUAUUCACCCUCCUCGAGGGAUGGCAACGCUUGCUCAGUAAAUGAAAACCAAGGAUGCUGCUGUCGCAGGGUUUUUCCUCUUCAAGCAGGACAACAGGAUCCGAGUUUCUAAAGCCCAAGUGCCCUGAGGUAGGCACACCGAAAGGGGGAAGGAAAUACGACGUGUGGUCUGAGCGGGUGGCAGCCGGAUCAGUGGGCGCGGCUCACCAGGGCGAAGCUGGAGAGGCUCCUCCUCGGACCCCGAGAGACCAGCAAGAAGAGGGUCCGUUAGAUCUGGGGUCCGAGCCAAGGGUGCCAUCUGUCUCUAGGAUCUUGCUGACCAUACGUCCUAAGGUCAUGAGUGGCGUGGCCGCACUCCCACCGAGGGGAAGGCCUUCAGAAAUCAACGUCUUUGGCCCCUUUGGGGGCGCCCUUCACUCUCUUGAGCCCAGAUAAUGUUUUCCGUUAAAUCUCUCUGUGUAGAUGACACAAAGGAAGACCGAGACGAUUUUCUUGGACACCCUGGAUCGGCCUCUCUUCCCACCAGCUGUCCUCUCAGCUGAGGCGUAAAGAUCCGUGUGCGUGUACAUUUUCCUCCAGGAAACAUCGGAGCGUCGGGAUUUCAAUUAAGUGCAAUAUUUGGCAAACAGCUGCUCUGAGGGAAAUCUCCUGAAAAAAAUGUGACGUGUGCCGUGAUUUGAGGGAACAGCGGGGUAGUGGAGUGUUUGGUUCAAGUCCAGUGUGGGUCAGACUCAUACAACUCAAGCUUGCUUGCUUUUCUUUUCUUUUUUUACAGUUUACAAAUCAGUGGUUUUAGUCAAUGUACACUUAUGUAACAGUCUCUACCAUCUCAUUCCAGACUUGAGCUUUUGAAAACAAUAAACAUCAUUUCAUGAAAGUUUUGGAUUCGGGGAAGAGGGAGUCCCAGUCUCACCCCAUCUCGUGGCGGGGGCCCCUUUCACUGCCAGACUCUCGUCUGGUCCCCCAAGUCGGCUGGAAAUGCACUGUGGUCCAUCCAACCCAGGGGCUGGAACCAGGUUGCAGAUGCCGGGAAGGAAGGGGCAAGAGUGCUGCGCGUGUCUGUUUCCAUGGCCAGCGUUCCCUGUUCGCCGUGGGCCUCAGUCUCCGUGUGCGCCCAGGGCUGGAUGUAACUUAGGCCGGUGAAUCGAGCUGGGGCCUGGCCUAUUCGUGUCUCUGAAUCUUUCUGAGGCACUUUGGACAAGGCAGGGAGUGGGGUGGACGCAGAUGCUGCUGGUAGCUUAGAAGAAGGGAGACCCCUCGCCCUCGAGGUCAGGGCUCUGGGAGGUUCCAAGAAGAUGUGGGCCAUCGUCCCACAGCCCCACCCUCCCUCUGCCACCCACCCUGGCACGUGUGCCCGGAUGCUUCCUGACCUGUCAUCUGUGUGUUCCUCUCCCUGGUGAGAGAAGCGGGGGAGAAAACGGCAGCCCGGUCCCCCCCCCCCCCCCCCACAGCCGGGAGCCCCUACCAGGAGCUGCUCAGAGCUGGCUCUCUUCUGAAAUGCUGGAGUGUCCACCUGCUCACCAAGUUUUUUAAAGAAUUCAAUUUCCGGUGAUUCUCAUUCGAUUUGAAAAAGCUUUUUUUCACUUGGAUAUGUUCAGGCUACACAGUGUAUUUAUUUUAGAGUCUUGUGGAAAGUUCAUGAAGCUUUUCAAUAAAUGAUAUACUCCAAGGAGACUUUGUCUGUAGUUUAUUAGUCUCAGUAAACUCUCCUGCUGCUGCUUUUUUUUCACUGCCAAGGAGACUAAAUGUUGUAAAUAUACAACAGAAAGAGUGAUCUAGCUAUGGCAAAUCCUGGCAUUGGAUACCCAUGUACAUUUAAGUUGAAUCUUCCCCCCACUGUUCACUGGCAGGCAGGCGGUGUGCUGUGUAUGCCCGGAGAGGAAAGCUGGCUGUGGGCUGAUGGGUAAACACCUGCUCCCUCAGCAAACUUACACCGCGUGAUCGGAGGUGCUGGACGUUGGGUCCUAGCACCAGGGUUUUUGGUGAUGCAUUAUUUUCAUGAUCACCAGGAUAGCGAUGGUUUGCUCAGGGCAAAACCAAAACCUAAAACUACUCUCUUAUGGGUUUCAUUUGAAUUGGCUAUUCCAGCUUGUAUUUUGAGUAUGAUUAAGUCAGAGCAAAACACCCCCCCCCACUCACCCCACCACCAAUAAAAGUUUAAACCCACAAUGAAGCAAUAACUAAAAGUAUUCCAUUGCCAAUUCUGGACGGUGAAAGUAGGGUGAGCCCCACGUUUCUUGCGUGUACAGUUAGUUGUGUUGCUUGUACAGUUGCUGUGAUCUGAAGAUAAACUGAAAUUUUCUGCAACUCCUCCCCUUUCCAUUCCGGCCCGUGACGCUGUUACCCUUCCCUGUCAGUGAGCAUCCCGGUGAUGCUGGCCCUUCUCCUGCUUUGUCGCUCUUUGUUUCAUUUAAAUAUUUCCCCAUCAUGCUUCUUGCCUUUGUCUUUUUUUUCUGGUGGAGCAGGUUUAAUUAUGGGCUCAAUAGUAGGGAACUAGCUUCCCUUGGGCAACUAAUUACUUAGGUCCUUUCUCUUUGGAGUUUAAAUACCAAAUUAUUUUGCAUCAAAUGGGAACACUUUUUCCAAAUAUAGUUGUAUGCACUUGGAAAAAACAUUUAAAUAUGCUUGUUAAUAGGAACAUAUAUGAUUAAACAACCUAUUGUGCAUAUUUCUAUAACCGCAAGGAACCAGGAGUGGGAUGAAAUGGCAUUCCUUUAAAUUCAGGACUUUAUCUGGAGAAAGGUGUUUUAAGAAGUUCAGCACAUGUGCUGAGGAAAGAGUUGGUCUGAAAGAUAAGCCACUGAAAAGAAUGAAAUUGACCUAUUCAUAGUAAAAGUAAAGAAGUUUUUUUUUUUUUUUAAGGAUACAUUUAACAAGAGGGAAAACCAGAGGAUUUAAAGCAGAACUAAUCUAUAAUUUUCUAAAGUGAAUACAAUUCUCUGUUUAUAAGAAGCUGGAAAGUCAUGUACCUUGAUUGCAGUAGGAAUGAUUUAUGUGUUGCAACUUUAAUUUAUUUAAAGCGUUUUGACUCUAUUUGUCCUCAAAUGUUUCAACAAAAGUGUGCUCUCUGUUUAAGGUAUGUUUAGGCAGUAGUGAGCGGCUCUAAGCGAAGAAACUGGAAAUGUUUAUUAUGAGGUCUGUUGGAAAUUUCUGUUUUGUGGGAUAUCCUAUAGUUUCUUGUCAGCCUAAAAUGGUCAGUUCUCUGUAGCUCUUCACCCCAUUCAAAGCAGGUGCCAUUAUUUUUUAAAAGAAACACUUCAUGUUGCUUUGAUGUUAAAUAAAGAGCUAGAUUUCUUAAAUUUU